AUGAAGACUAUGAUUCUACUGUUUUGCCUUCUAGGAUCAACUCAGUCAUUACCACAGCUCAAACCUGCUUUGGGACUCCCUCCCACAAAACUGGCUCCGGAUCAGGGAACACUACCAAACCAACAGCAGUCAAAUCAGGUCUUUCCUUCUUUAAGUCUGAUACCAUUAACACAGAUGCUCACACUGGGGCCAGAUCUGCAUCUGUUAAAUCCUGCUGCAGGAAUGACUCCUGGUAUCCAGGCCCACCCAUUGACCCUGGGAGUGUUGAAUUUACAACAGCAACUGCAACCACAUAUGUUACCAAUUUUUGUCACACAACUUGGAGCCCAGGGCACUAUCCUAAGCUCAGAGGAGUUGCCACAAAUCUUCACAAGCCUCAUCAUCCAUUCCUUGUUCCCGGGAGGCAUCCUGCCCACCAGUCAGGCAGGGGCUAAUCCAGAUGUCCAGGACGGAAGCCUUCCAGCAGGACAAGCAGGCGUAAAUCCUGCCAUCCAGGGAACCCCAGCCGGCCGCCUCCCAACUCCCAGUGGCACAGACGAUGAUUUUGCAGUGACCACCCCUGCAGGCAUCCAAAGGAGCACACAUGCCACCGAGGAAACCACCACAGAAUAA